AUGGCGACGGCCGACGCGCCGGAGAACGCACGGAGGGCCGAGGAUCCGAGCGAAGAAUUCCAGGAAUCCGCAUUCUUCAGCCGCCGGUGUUGCUGCCUCUGGAAUUUCCCGUGUUCGAUCUCGCGGAGGAGGGAGAGUUGGGAGCGGAUCUCGCCGUCGGUGACGGAAUUGCCGGAGAGCGGCGGGCGGAGUUGGUGGGGAAGGGGAGUCGACGCGCUGAAGAAGGUGCGGGAAUGGUCGGAGAUGGUGGCCGGGCCGAAGUGGAAGACGUUCAUCCGCCGGUUCAACCGAACCGGGGCGCGGCCCAAGUCUGGGAAAUUCAAUUACGACCCGAUGAGUUACGCGUUGAAUUUCGACGAGGGGCAUAACGGUCAGUUUGAGGACGACAGGAUUUUCAGGGAUUUCUCGUCGCGAUACGCGGCGAUCCCGGUGCAGGGCAGCGGUCAGUUGAAAUGA